CCUUUUGAUAUAUCUUUUUGAGGAAAAACGGUUUCUAGAGGAAAAGGAAAACCCUUUCCUCUUGCUCGGAACUCAUAUUCUGAGACCCACAUCACAAGCGUAUAAAGCCAGUGCUACAAGCAGAAAAUAUAUGCAGCAGCAAUAACAACCAUGUCCAUGUGGUCUAGUAGCUCCUCGUUUUUCUACAAACGCCAUUCUUUCAACCCCAAUUUCUUUUCAAGUCGCAUCAUCAAACCUGUUAUUGGCACUAGGUUUGUCAAGUGCUCGUCUUCUGAUAAUGCCAACGAUAUCCAUGAAUUGUUAAAGAUCCUUCCACACGAUUUGCGUGACAACCUUGUGAUGGAAUCUAAAAAAGAUCAACUGUUGGAGGUAAUAUUGGAUCUAGGUCGGUUGCCACAAGCAUGCUUCCUCGGUGAUUCAGGUCGGAGAUACAUAAGAGAUACCGAGAUAUCAAUGGAAGAGCUAGAGUUUGCUGAAAAUGCGAUUGGAGAAAUUGGAGGGGAUAACAGAGGUGGUAUCAGUGGCACCCUGCACCGCAUAUCUGCAGUGAGGAGUAGAAAAGGGGUUGUGGUUGGGUUGACUUGUCGAGUUGGCAGGGCAGUUAAGGGAAUCGUUGACAUAGUGCGGGAUCUGCUUGAGUUUGGAGAAAGUAUCUUGUUUAUUGGAAGGCCUGGUGUAGGGAAGACUACUGUUAUGCGAGAGAUAUCUCGAGUUCUUUCAGAUGAGCUACAUAAACGAGUGGUGGUUGUGGAUACGAGCAAUGAAAUAGGAGGUGGUGGGGAUAUACCACAUCCAGCAAUAGGCAGUGCAAGAAGAAUGCAGGUUUCUAAAGCCUCAAUGCAACACAAAGUCAUGAUCGAAGCAGUUGAGAAUCACAUGCCUCAAGUCAUCAUUAUUGAUGAAAUCAGCACAAGGGCUGAAGUUAUUGCUUGUCAAUCCAUUGCUAAAAGAGGAGUCAUGCUUAUUGGUAGUGCCCAUGGUGAUCGAUUGGAAAAUAUAAUAAGGAAUCCUGUUUUGUCUCCUUUGGCUGGGGGAAUACAAUCUGUUACUUUAGGGGAUCAACAAGCCCAACAAACAGAUGGAAGGAAAAGUGUGAGUCAGAGGGCUGGACCUCCUACCUUUCCCUUUAUGAUUGAAAUCAGAGAUAGACACUGUUGGGUUAUUCACAAGACAGAAAGAAGUGUGGAUGCGUUGCUUCGAGGGAAAAAGCCUCGGGUGGAGAUUCGGAAGCAGAACAAAGAAAUGAAAGUUAUUAUAGAAAAAUGUAAAAUCAAGAAUUAAAACGGCAACAUGAUCUGGUUGAUAAAUGGUGUUUUCUUUUUACACGACUUUCGUCUGAUAAGAACAAUCAAUCUUGAUAGAACGUUGUAUUUGUAUAUCUUGAUAAUAACGAUUACAUCUAGUAUAUAUAAGUUAUAUAUUUACACUUUGUAUCCUCUAACUACUAGCUAUACAAUAAACUGUCUAGCUAAGGCCGGGU